GCAAAUUAGACGGGAAAGCAGGAAAGCUGUGCAGAAAUUCUGACCUGAAACGCUUCGCAUCCGGUCUCUGCUUGUUGAAGGACCUUCACCGCCAUUUCUGAGAAGAGCAAAAGUGAUGCAGAUCUGUUCUUCCUCUUCUUAAUCCCAGAGAAGUCCCUAAUAAGCCAGUAAUGGCGCCUCCGCAGAGGCAUCCGCAGCGCAGCGAGCAGGUCCUGCUCCUCACGCUCCUGGGGACGCUGUGGGGGGCCGCGGCAGCGCAGAUCCGCUACUCUAUUCCCGAGGAGCUGGAGAAAGGCUCCUUCGUAGGCAACAUCGUCAAGGAUCUGGGACUGGAGCCCCAGGAGCUGGCGGAGCACGGAGUCCGCAUCGUCUCCAGAGGUAGGAUGCAGCUUUUCUCUCUGAACCCGCGAAACGGCAGCUUGGUCACCGCGGGUAGGAUAGACCGCGAGGAGCUCUGUGCUCAGAGCCCGCGGUGUCUGGUGAGUUUUAACAUCCUUGUCGAGGAUAAACUGAAUCUUUAUCCCGUGGAAGUGGAAAUAGUGGACAUUAAUGACAAUACACCCCGAUUCUUAAAGGAAGAAUUGGAAGUGAAAAUUCUCGAAAACGCAGCUCCAUCCUCUCGUUUUCCACUAAUGGAGGUCUAUGACCCUGAUGUGGGAAUGAACUCCCUUCAGGGAUUUAAGCUCAGUGGUAAUAGUCACUUCUCAGUGGACGUGCAAAGCGAAGCCCAUGGGCCCAAGUACCCGGAGCUGGUGCUGGAGGGCACACUGGACCGGGAAGGAGAAGCCGUUUACCGCCUGGUCCUUACUGCCAUGGAUGGCGGCGACCCUGUCCGCUCAAGCAUCGCCCAAAUUCUGGUAACAGUUCUAGAUGUGAAUGACAACACUCCAGUGUUUACUCAGCCUGUCUACCGUGUAAGUGUUCCUGAAAACCUGCCAGUAGGCACACCAGUGUUGGCAGUGACUGCCACCGACCAGGAUGAAGGAGUCCACGGGGAAGUAACUUAUUCCUUUGUGAAGAUUACAGAAAAGAUCUCACAAAUUUUCUGUUUGAAUGUUUUGACUGGAGAAAUUUCAACUUCUGCAAAUCUAGACUAUGAGGACUCGAGUUUUUAUGAGCUGGGUGUUGAAGCCCGGGAUGGGCCAGGUCUUCGAGACAGAGCGAAAGUCUUAAUAACUAUCUUGGAUGUCAAUGAUAAUGUACCAGAAGUGGUUGUUACAUCUGGAAGCAGAACAAUUGCUGAAAGUGCACCUCCAGGAACAGUAAUCGCCCUUUUUCAAGUGUUCGAUCGAGACUCUGGCCUGAAUGGCCUGGUAACCUGUUCCAUCCCGAGAAGUCUCCCAUUUGAAUUGGAAAAAUCAGUUGGCAAUUAUUAUCGAUUAGUGACAAAUGCAGCUCUAGACCGGGAAGAGGUAUUCUUGUACAACAUCACUGUGACAGCCACGGACAAAGGAACACCACCUCUGUCUACAGAAACAAUCAUCUCUCUAAAUGUGGCAGACACCAACGACAACCCGCCCACCUUCCCCCAUUCAUCCUACUCAGUCUAUGUCCUUGAAAACAACCCCAGGGGUGCCUCCAUCUUCUCUGUGAAUGCACUGGACCCUGACGUGGACCAGAACGCCCAAGUCUCCUACUCACUGGCAGAAGACACCCUCCAGGGGGCGCCCCUGUCCUCCUACGUGUCCAUCAACUCCGACACUGGGAUUCUGUACGCCCUGCGCUCCUUCGACUAUGAGCAGUUGAGAGACCUACAGCUGUGGGUGACAGCCAGCGACAGCGGGGACCCGCCUCUUAGCAGCAACGUGUCACUGAGCCUGUUUGUGCUGGACCAGAAUGACAAUGCGCCCGAGAUCCUGUACCCCGCCCUCCCCACAGACGGUUCCACUGGCGUGGAGCUGGCGCCCCGCUCCGCAGAGCCCGGCUACCUGGUUACCAAGGUGGUGGCGGUGGACAGAGACUCGGGCCAGAACGCCUGGCUGUCCUACCGCCUGCUCAAGGCCAGCGAGCCAGGACUCUUCUCAGUGGGCCUGCACACGGGCGAGGUGCGCACGGCGCGAGCCCUGCUGGACAGAGACGCGCUCAAGCAGAGCCUAGUGGUGGCCGUCCAGGACCACGGCCAGCCCCCUCUCUCCGCCACUGUCACGCUCACCGUGGCCGUGGCCGACAGGAUCCCCGACAUCCUGGCCGACCUGGGCAGCCUCGAGCCCUCCGCCAAACCCAACGAUUCGGACCUCACUCUGUACCUGGUGGUGGCGGUGGCCGCGGUCUCCUGCGUCUUCCUGGCCUUCGUCAUCGUGCUGCUGGCGCUCAGGCUGCAGCGCUGGCACAAGUCACGCCUGCUGCAGGCUUCGGGAGGUGGCUUAGCGAGCAUGCCCGGCUCGCACUUUGUGGGCGUGGACGGGGUUCGGGCUUUCCUGCAGACCUAUUCCCACGAGGUCUCACUCACUGCAGACUCGCGUAAGAGUCAUCUGAUUUUCCCCCAGCCCAACUAUGCCGACACGCUUAUCAACCAGGAGAGCUAUGAGAAAAGCGAGCCUCUUCUGAUAACUCAGGAUUUACUUGAAACGAAAGGAGACCCCAGGCAACUUCAGCAAGCCCCGCCCAACACGGACUGGCGUUUCUCUCAGGCCCAGAGACCCGGCACCAGCGGCUCCCAAAAUGGCGAUGACACCGGCACCUGGCCCAACAACCAGUUUGACACAGAGAUGCUGCAAGCCAUGAUCUUGGCCUCCGCCAGUGAAGCUGCUGAUGGGAGCUCCACCCUGGGAGGGGGUGCCGGCACCAUGGGAUUGAGCGCCCGCUACGGACCCCAGUUCACCCUGCAGCACGUGCCCGACUACCGCCAGAAUGUCUACAUCCCAGGCAGCAAUGCCACACUGACCAACGCAGCUGGCAAGCGGGAUGGCAAGGCCCCAGCAGGUGGCAAUGGCAACAAGAAGAAGUCGGGCAAGAAGGAGAAGAAGUAAAAUGGAGGCCAGGCCAAGAGCCACAGGGCGGCCUCCCCCCAACCAGCCCAGCUUCUCCUUACCUGUACCCAGGCCUCAGAGUUUCAGGGCUAACCCCCAGAAUACUGGUAGGGGCCAAGGCCAUGCUCCCCUUGGGAAACAGAAACAAGUGCCCAGUCAACACCUACCCCCUUCCCCCCCAGGGGGUUGAAUAUGCAAAAGGAGUUCUGCUGGGAACCCCCAUCCAAUCAAUUGCUGUACCCAUGGGGGUAGUGGGGUUAGUGUAGACACCAAGAACCGUUUGCCACACCCCGUUUAGUUACAGCUGAACUCCUCCAUCUUCCAAAUCAAUCAGGCCCAUCCAUCCCAUGCCUCCCUCCUCCCCACCCCACUCCAACAGUUCCUCUUUCCUGAGUAAGGUGGUUGGGGUGUUGAAGUACCAGGUAACCUACAAGCCUCCUAGUUCUGAAAAGUUGGAAGGGCAUCAUGACCUCUUGGCCUCUCCUUUGAUUCUCAAUCUUCCCCCAAAGCAUGGUUUGGUGCCAGCCCCUUCACCUCCUUCCAGAGCCCAAGAUCAAUGCUCAAGUUUUGGAGGACAUGAUCACCAUCCCCAUGGUACUGAUGCUUGCUGGAUUUAGGGAGGGCAUUUUGCUACCAAGCCUCUUCCCAACGCCCUGGGGACCAGUCUUCUGUUUUGUUUUUCAUUGUUUGACGUUUCCACUGCAUGCCGUGACUUCCCCCACCUCCUCCUCAAACAAGAGACUCCACUGCAUGUUCCAAGACAGUAUGGGGUGGUAAGAUAAAGAAGGGAAGUGUGUGGAUGUGGAUGGUGGGGGCAUGGACAAAGCUUGACACAUCAAGUUAUCAAGGCCUUGGAGGAGGCUCUGUAUGUCCUCAGGGGACUGACAACAUCCUCCAGAUUCCAGCCAUAAACCAAUAACUAGGCUGGACCCUUCCCACUACAUAAUAGGGCUCAGCCCAGGCAGCCAGCUUUGGGCUGAGCUAACAGGACCAAUGGAUUAAACUGGCAUCUCAGUCCAAGGAAGCUCGAAGCAGGUUUAGGACCAGGUCCCCUUGAGAGGUCAGAGGGGCCUCUGUGGGUGCUGGGUACUCCAGAGGUGCCACUGGUGGAAGGGUCAGCGGAGCCCCAGCAGGAAGGGUGGGCCAGCCAGGCCAUUCUUAGUCCCUGGGUUGGGGAGGCAGGGAGCUAGGGCAGGGACCAAAUGAACAGAAAGUCUCAGCCCAGGAUGGGGCUUCUUCAACAGGGCCCCUGCCCUCCUGAAGCCUCAGUCCUUCACCUUGCCAGGUGCCGUUUCUCUUCCGUGAAGGCCACUGCCCAGGUCCCCAGUGCGCCCCCUAGUGGCCAUAGCCUGGUUAAAGUUCCCCAGUGCCUCCUUGUGCAUAGACCUUCUUCUCCCACCCCCUUCUGCCCCUGGGUCCCCGGCCAUCCAGCGGGGCUGCCAGAGAACCCCAGACCUGCCCUUACAGUAGUGUAGCGCCCCCUCCCUCUUUCGGCUGGUGUAGAAUAGCCAGUAGUGUAGUGCGGUGUGCUUUUACGUGAUGGCGGGUGGGCAGCGGGCGGCGGGCUCCGCGCAGCCGUCUGUCCUUGAUCUGCCCGCGGCGGCCCGUGUUGUGUUUUGUGCUGUGUCCACGCGCUAAGGCGACCCCCUCCCCCGUACUGACUUCUCCUAUAAGCGCUUCUCUUCGCAUAGUCACGUAGCUCCCACCCCACCCUCUUCCUGUGUCUCACGCAAGUUUUAUACUCUAAUAUUUAUAUGGCUUUUUUUCUUCGACAAAAAAAUAAUUAAAAGUUUCUUCUGAAAAGCUGAA